AUGGCUCUCUCUAAGCCCAAGACCCUCAACUUUGUCACUGGAAAUAGGAGCAAGUUGGCGGAAGCUCAGGCAAUUUUGGGAGAUUCAAUAGAGCUUACAAGUCAAGCCAUUGAUAUCCCAGAAAUUCAGGGCUCACUGGAAGAAAUUGCACGAGACAAAUGCAAGAAAGCAGCUGAUGCGAUUGGUGGCCCUGUCCUGGUUGAGGAUAGUGGACUUGAACUUAAUGCCCUGGAUGGUUUACCAGGACCUUAUAUAAUAUCUACUUACCUUGUAUUCCACUAUACCAGAAGACAUUUCUAUUCUAGCUUGGGGAACGACGGACUAUAUAAUCUAUUAGCAGCGUACCCCGAUAAGUCUGCUAGAACCGCCUGCAUAUAUGCUUACUCUGCCGGACCAGGAUCAGAACCGAUUCUCUUCCAUGGCUAUACAGAUGGGGUGAUUGUACCUAAGAGGGGGAGCGGUGGUUUUGCAUUUGACCCGAUCUUCGAAUAUCAAGGGCGUACCUAUGCUGAGAUGAGUUUUGAAGAGAAGAAUAAGGUAUCUGAGAGAUUCAAGGCAUUGCAGAAACUCAAGGCAUGGCUUCGUGGAGAUGAGUAUCAGUCAGAGACUCAGGAUAACUAG